AUGGACUUCUUGAAGUCUGCAGUCGCUUCUGCCAUCGCCAAGGGCCCAGCCUUUCCGUACAGCUUCGGUGACAGGGUCGACAUCGAUCAGUCAAUCUGGAUUUUACACAACGGCACGAAGCGAGAGGAUGGAUCGAAAUGUAGCAUCUUCUCAUUCGAGAUUACGGCGAACAAGUCUCGCCUCCCACUCGCCAAGAACGCUCUCCGAAAACUUCGCACCCUAAGACAUCCUGGGGUGAUUAAAGUGCUCGAUACAGUCGAGACAGAAAAUUACAUAUAUAUCGCUACUGAACGUCUGACGCCAUUAGGUUGGCAUACUCGCCGAAAGAGCCUUACCGAAGAGACCAUCAAAUGGGGGUUGCACAGCGUUGCUAGAACAGUCAAGUUCAUUAACGAUGAGGCUGCAUCGGUUCAUGGUAGUAUUCGUACGUCUUCCAUCUUUUGUAGCGAGAGUGGCGAGUGGAAGCUAGGCGGAUUCGAUGUCCUCAGUUCCGUCAAAGAGGAUGAUGCUGUUAUCUACAGUCACGGGAGUCUGGUGCCGGAAUCAGGCCGAUAUGCGCCGCCAGAAGUUGCUAACAGUGGAUGGGAGGUUAUCAAGCGCUAUCCACUGACGGCGCCAGACGCUUACGCUUUUGGUGUCCUUAUCUUCGAAGCCUUCAAUGGCGGAUUUAGGGGCGGCGACCAAGUUGGCCUGACACAGAACGUCCCUCCAAACAUGCACCAGAGCUACAAGAGGCUGGUAACUGCAACACCAAAGACCCGCCUUAGCGUUGGUCAAUUUCUUGAUCAAGGUCAUAGGCAGAGAGGGUUCUUCGAAACGCCUCUUAUACAACUUACAGAAGGCAUAGAAAAUAUGGGCCUGAAGACAGAGUCAGAGAAAGAGGAUUUCUUGAGCCAACUAGAAGAUGUCUCGGAGGACUUCCCUGAAGAUUUCUUCAAGAUGAAAGUGUUACCGGAACUGCUAAAGUCAGUCGAGUUCGGCGGCGGAGGCCCAAAAGUUUUCGGCAUCGUCAUGAAGAUCAGCGCCAAGCUGUCUGAUGAAGAGUACGAAGCCAGUAUCACGCCUGUCAUAGUCCGUCUGUUCACGAUGCCGGACCGCGCGAUACGAGUCUACUUACUAGACAACCUGCCCCUGAUAAUUGAUCACCUCCCGCAGAAGAUCGUUAAUGACAAGAUUUUUCCUCAGAUGGUGACCGGCUUCACGGAUGUCGCACCAGUAGUACGGGAGCAGACCGUCAAAGCAGUUUUGACGGUGGUGAACAAGCUGUCCGAUCGAACCGUGAACGGCGAGCUACUCCGAUACCUGGCAAAGACCGCUAAUGACGAGCAACCUGGCAUUCGGACCAACACUACGAUUUGCCUCGGGAAGAUAGCUCGGAAUCUCGGCGCCAAUACUCGCACUAAAGUGCUUACUGCAGCCUUUGCGCGCUCUUUACGGGACCCUUUCGUCCAUGCCCGAAAUGCUGCUCUUCAAGCAUUAGCAGCCACCGCAGACAUCUUCACCGAAGACGACUGCGCAACCAAGCUCCUCCCGGCCAUCAGCCCAUCCCUAGUCGACAAAGAGAAGAUCGUCCGCGACCAAGCAAACAAGACUCUAGAUGUCUACAUCGCCCGCAUUCGCAAAUACUGCCAGACCCUUCCAGAAACCGUCCUCCCACCACCAACAGCCGCGAAUGCCUCCACAGGCGCAACUCCCCGUAUGGGGACCCCCGCAAACGACGCUCCAAGCGGCUGGGCCGGCUGGGCCAUCUCCUCCUUCACGAACAAGCUCUCCGCUGCCAGUGGCCAGAUGGCCAGCGGCACCAAUGGCGCUGCACAGACGGAGAAGCGCUCGCAGUCGCUUCCUCCAGCCGCCGAGACAGCUCGCCCAGGGUCAUCGGCCAAUACAACAUCCCCAUUGUACCGCCAAACCCUAACCAAGCCGUCCACAACCAGCAAUCCCUUCGCGGCACCCUCCUCAACGCCCUCGGUAACCUCCGCAGACGACCUAGCAGAAGCCGAAGACUUCGGCGCCGCGUGGGGCGAUGAACCCGCAGAGGACGAGCCGAACCCCUGGGCGGAUCCGACGCCUGCGGGUAAGCCCUCGGCCACCACGUCCUUCGUUGACGACAGCGAGCCGGACUUUGCUGGAUGGCUCAGUGCGCAGCAUUCGGCGAAACAGACGGCUGGUAAGAAGCCGUUGCCGAAGGGGCUGGCUAAGGCGGCUACGACGACUGCGGCGGCUAGGCCGACUGUUUCGUCGAGGGCUAAUACAACUGGGCAUGUGGGACCAGGGGCCGGAGCUAAGAAGAUGGCGGCGGCGGCGCCGGUAAGGGGGAAGGUCGUGGCGCCGGUUAAGAAGGUGGAAAAAAAGGUAGAAGAGACGAAGAACGAUGAUGAUGAGGGGUGGGGGGAUGCAUGGGAGUAA